UUUUCUUUAGCUCACGAAAUAAUUUUCUAACUCGAAGUGUCCGUCUUUAGACGAAUGAGCUAUGUACUUCGUACUGAAGACCACUUGCAUAAAUAAUAUGUGUAGAAAUACAUACUUACAGCAUGAACAUUGCGUGUUUUCGAAAAUUCGAACGUAGCAAUCAAAGCAUCCGGCAUUCAGUGACAAUGAAUAUUUACCGAUAGCAUGUUCUAUACCGUUUGGGUUAAAACGGCUUGCCAUCAGCCUAACUAGAGCUGACAAUUCGCGUUUAGAUAAUACUUACGCGGAAUAUGUAUUUAUAUUACGUCUACUAGUUAGUAACAACCUGUGUUGCACCGAAUGCGCCGGGCAAAGAAGAAGAGUGACAUGAUAAAUUAUUUAUGAAUUUUCUGUGGCGAGAGUCCCAAGAGGAAAGCUCGAUUUUCAUAUGAGUGUAUGAUAUGAAAAAAGAAACAGUCUCCUUAGGAAAUAUGGAUCGCUUCCAAACGGACUGCAGAUAUGAUUGUUACAAGCUGUGUAAAAAACUUUUGCUUCUGAGUGGGCUGUGGCCUUAUGAGAAGCUCAGAAGAAGGCUGCUUCGUAUGGGUGUUAUCAUUGUGUGUGAUAUUUCUAUUAUGUUUGUACAGAUAGCAAACUAUUUCGCCUGCGACACAAUACAGUGCAUUUUUAAAACUUUACCUAUGAAUAUGAUGACGCUACUAGUAUUGGUGAAAAUAUUCACGUACCAUUUUAAUAGGCAGAAGAUUAAAGGCCUCUUAGAACACUUGCACUCAGACUGGAAUGUACUGCAUUGUGAAGAAGAAUUUGUUAUCAUGAAGAAAUACGCUGAAACUGGUAGAUCCUACUCGUUUUAUUAUGCUGGUAAGAAUUUCUUAUUCAAUAAAUGAUAGUUAGUGAAACACAUUUUUUGCAGUAUAAUGAAAGAGAUAAAGCGAGUUGUAAUAUGAAAUAUACUUGAUCGUUGUAGAAUUUGUUUUUAAUGAAUAGGAAAAUAAAAGCAGCAUCUUCGUUGUUUCGUAAUAAAACUUUUUGUAGCAAGCAUAUAUUCGAUUACCUUUAUAUUCGGAUGCACGGUUCUCGUGCCACGUUUCAUGGACGUUGUGUCUCCUUUGAAUGAAAGUCGUCCGAUAAUGAUGCCGUGUCCGGCAAACUACUUCGUCGACGAGGAAGAAUAUUUUUAUUAUAUUUUUGUCCAUCUGAUAAUCGGUGCUUUUGUAUGUAUUACCGGAUUGGUCGCACACGACUGCAACUUCUUAACUUUCGUCGAGCACGUUUGCGGCCUCUUCGAAAUUGUGGGGUACUGAAUAUUUAUUUCGAAUUUGUAUGUUCUUUGUCUUCACAUAAAUGACAGUUUUGGUUUUCGUAAGGUUACACAUACACCCAUUAAUAUGCACACUAAUGUUUGCAGUUUCAGGCUCGAACAUUUGUUAUAUAAACGAAAUAUUAUGAAAAGGAAUGUGAUCGAGCUUUCGGAUGACGUGUACGUCAAAAACAUCGAGUUUUCCAUUCAAGCUCACCGGCGGGCCCUGCAUUUCGUUACCCUGCUCGAAAACACAUUCUGCUUAUCAUUCGCAAUACAACUCUUGAUAAUUACGACCAACAUGAGCAUAACUUUAAUACAACUCUCGUCAGAAUUGCAGGGUGAUAUGGUGGAAAUGGUGAGACUCGUUCCUUACAUAAUUGGUCAAUUGGCUCAUUUAUUUAUUUACAGUUACCAGGGGCAAAAGUUGAUAAAUCACAGUCUUGAGUUGUGCCAGAAAAUUUAUAAUGGUUUGUGGUACACUAUACCAGUGAAAUCGCAACGGCUGCUGUUGUUCGUAAUGAGAAAGAACAUAGAGCCUAGUUUUAUGACCGCUGGAAAAGUUUACAUAUUUUGCUUGGAAAGUUUUACUUCGGUAAAGUCAUGCAAUGCUCGCUUUCGUACUUUACGGUAUUGUCAUCUUUCAACGAGCCAUAAUGGACAGUCGAUGAUUCUAGUGACUCGUCUAGUAAAGCUACUUCAACAUGAAGUGACGUUACGAGCAAUAUGAGAUAAUCGUAUC